CUCGGCGCCCGCUUCCGGCGCGAUCCCGCAAGCUCCGCGGCGAGGCGGGCGGAGAACCAGGGCCGGGGGUCGGCGGCCACGGUGCGGCAGGACUCGCUGCUGCCCUCGGCGCCGUCGCCAUGGGCAAGAAGCACAAGAAGCAUAAGGCCGAGUGGCGCUCGUCGUACGAGGACUAUGCAGACAAGCCUUUGGAGAAGCCCCUGAAGCUGGUGCUCAAGGUUGGAGGAAGUGAAGUGACAGAGCUCUCAGGGUCCGGCCACGACUCCAGUUACUACGAUGACAGGUCAGACCACGAGCGAGAGAGGCACAAGGAGAAGAAGAAAAAGAAAAAGAAAAAGUCGGAGAAGGAGAAGCACCUUGACGAUGAAGAAAGAAGGAAGCGAAAGGAAGAGAAGAAGCGGAAGCGGGAAAAGGAACACUGUGACACAGAGGGAGAGGCGGACGACUUUGAUCCGGGGAAGAAGGUGGAGGUGGAGCCGCCCCCCGACCGGCCUGUCCGAGCGUGCCGGACACAGCCAGCUGAAAAUGAGAGCACGCCUAUUCAGCAACUACUAGAGCAUUUCCUCCGCCAGCUCCAGAGAAAAGAUCCUCAUGGAUUUUUUGCUUUUCCUGUCACGGAUGCAAUUGCUCCUGGAUACUCAAUGAUAAUAAAACACCCGAUGGAUUUUGGCACGAUGAGAGACAAAAUUGUAGCUAAUGAAUACAAGUCAGUCACGGAAUUUAAGGCAGAUUUCAAACUGAUGUGUGAUAAUGCAAUGACGUACAACAGACCGGACACCGUGUACUACAAGUUAGCUAAGAAGAUCCUCCACGCGGGCUUUAAGAUGAUGAGCAAAGAGCGGCUGUUAGCUUUGAAGCGCAGCAUGUCGUUUAUGCAGGACAUGGAUUUUUCUCAGCAGGCAGCUCUUUUGGGCAACGAAGAUACAGCCGUCGAGGAGCCUGUUCCUGAAGUUGUGCCCGUACAAGUAGAAACUGCUAAGAAAUCCAAAAGGCCGAGUAGAGAAGUCAUCAGCUGCAUGUUCGAGCCGGAAGGAAACGCCUGCAGCCUGACCGACAGCACCGCGGAGGAGCACGUCCUGGCCUUGGUGGAGCACGCGGCCGACGAGGCCCGGGACAGGAUCAACCGGCUGGUCCCCGGUGGCAAGAUGGGCUACCUGAAGAAGAACGGGGACGGGAGCCUGCUCUACAGCGUGGUCAACACGGCCGAGCCGGACGCAGACGAGGAGGAGACGCACCCGGUGGACCUGAGCGCGCUGUCCAGCAAGCUGCUGCCCGGCUUCACCGCGCUGGGCUUCAGGGAGGAGCGGAGGAGCAGAGUCACCUUCCUGUCCGGUGCCAGUACUGCCCUGUCCACGCACAACAACUCAGUGUUCGGCGACUUGAAGUGCGACGAGGUGGAGCUGCUGUACUCGGCCUACGGAGACGAGACGGGUGUGCAGUGCGCGCUGAGCCUGCAGGAGUUUGUGAAGGAUGCCGGGAGCUACAGCAAGAAGCUGGUGGAUGACCUCCUGGACCAGAUCACGGGCGGGGACCACUCACGGAUGCUCUUCCAGCUGAGGCAGAGGAGAAGCGUUCCGACGAAGCCUCUGGAUGAAGUAAAGGCGGGGGACCCUCUCGGGGAUGGUGGCCCCGCCCUGGACUUCAUGGCCAUGAAGUCCUACUCGGACGUCUCUCUGGACAUCUCCGUGCUCGGCUGUCUGGGGAAAGUGAAGAAGGAGCUGGACCACGACGACAGCCACCUGAGCCUGGACGAGACCACGAAGCUCCUUCAGGACCUGCAGGAGGCGCAGGCAGAGCGUGGGGGCUCCCGGCCGUCCUCCAACCUCAGCUCCCUGUCCAACGCCUCUGACAGGGACCAGCGCCACCUGGGAAGCCCUUCUCGCCUCAGUGCUGGGGAGCAGCCCGAGGGGACCCACGACCCGUACGAGUUUCUUCAGUCCCCAGAGCCCGCAGCCUCCACAAAGAGCUAGCCCCGUAGCAGCCCCGGGAGGUGGUGACUCGUCUGUUGUCAUGUUAGCCGCGCUGGGACGCAGCGUUUCUGUGAGUGGUCCUGUGCGUCCUGAAGAGUUGGAGAUCACUCGUAAAGGGUGUGUGACCAGAUGCCGGGCAGCUGCUGUGGUCUGUCUCUGAGCUUCUCGGUGGCGGUGAAGUCCUCCUCUGUGCCUGUGUGGACGCACCUGUCUGCCCCGCGUCCUCUGGGAGAAGCCCUUGGGAGGCAGACGUGGGUGCGUCUGUCUCUGUUCCCUGCGGCAUCCUACACGUUCCCGCCCCGCCCGUGCCCCACGUCCCCACGUUUCCCAGGCGGGUCACGGCGGGGGCCGCGUCGGGGUUGGGAGUGAGGGCAGCGUCCCCGUUCUCUGAGCCUUGUGCUGAGAGGGGCGCCCCCUGCUGACAGCUGGCCUGUCCUGCUGGCCGUGGCGCAGGGUUAAGUGUCCGAAAACGCUCUUUGUUCUGGAUGUGUUUACUGGAAGCCUGUUUGUAUUUGCAGAAUGUAAAUACAGGUCUUAAUAAAAAGAUACACAAAGAGUGUCA